GCUUCUCGCUUAGCGAUGAGCGAAAUGAGGAGAGGGUGCUUCACCUCCCCACUGCCAGCCCUCUUAGGAGUGCAGACCACCCACCCUUCAUUUGAGAAUAAGCCCCAUUGAAGUCAGUGGGAUUCACUUCUGAGUAAACAAGCGCAGGGUUGCGCUGUUAGGCGGCAGACGCCAAUCAAGCGCGACAAAUCGCGGGAGCCACGCCUCUCCCGCCUGCGCGCCGGCUAAUCCGAAGCGCGUAUGGAGGCCAAGGCCCGCCUCCUUUCUGAGAGAGGGGGCGGUUGAUACCUCCGGCAGUUCCGAGUAGCGCGCCGGGCAAUGGCUGAGGCGGCGGCGGCGGGAGUUUCCCCGCGGGGCGGCGGCGCGGGUAGCCUGUCGGAGGAGCCGCCGAGCGGCCUGGAGCGCGAGGGCCCCGUGCGCUGGGACGGGCGCCUCACGCACUUCGUGGCCCGCGACUUCGAGCAGCAGAUGCGGCGCAGCGCCCCGCUGGGCUCCGGCUGCCUCAUCCCCGCCGUGGACCCCGCGGCGCUGCAGGACCUGGCGGCUCUGGCCGUGCAGGCGGCGUCGCAGGUGGACGAGCUGCUGCGCAGCGUGCACGGCGCCCUGCAGGCCCUGACGGCGCUCAGCGUGGGCUGCAUCCAGACGUACCGCGACGGCGUAGAGAGCCUGGGCGAGGCGGUGGACACCAGCAUCCGCUCCAUGUACACCCUGAUGGCGCGCUGCGAGGAGCUGGACAAGGCGAUGCAGCCGGUGCCCGCCUUGGCCCGGCGCAUCCGGGACAUGAAGGGGGCGCUGGAGAAACUCGAGGGGCUCUGCAAAUAGGCCUCGCCGGGCUCGCUUGGUGCCCGGCGCUGAAACGAAGAAAGCUGGUUUCCGGACAGCAGAUCUCUCCUCGGCGCUGGUGGCUUCCCUGUCAAAACCCGCUCUGGCCUUUUACUCCGUUGAUCUCAGGACAAUUGCAUAGCUUUCUCUUAACCAAGCUUUUUGUUCGAAACUGUGCAAAAUCAAUUGUGCCACGUAAUAAAUACUUUCUUCUCCUCUUGCAACAAACUCUGACACAAAUCGCCUUUCCAAUACAUGCUUAUGUGGCUUUGUUGAACAGAUUUUCUUAGUAUCCCUUAUAUUGCUAUAAAAAGCCAUAGAAUGGACUCUUACCGAUUGAUCCUCUAUAUAAUUACUCAGGAGUACGUCCUUCCUAAGUAAGGGAUUCCUAAGCUUUCUGCCUGAGGCUGAAAUCCUGAAGAUGCUUACUAGGUAGAAAGUCCCAUUUUGAAUUUUCCAAAUAAAACAUGCAAAACACUGUCUACUGUAUCUGAAAUUUUAUGUCUGCAAUUUCUUAUGCGGAUACAGUUAAAUGGAAUGUAGUCAUAGUUCUGGAAGGACAAGGUGGCUAAUACAUUCACUGGCUGAGAGACAUUGUUGUGCUGCGUAAGACACAGACGUUUAUUACAACAAAUAUUCACUAUCUUGCACUUAACUUGAGUAUAAUUCACAAACUUGUGCUUCUUCUAUUUAAUAAAAUACUCAAAAUAGA